AUGAAGGAGAUCAUGGCAACUGAAGAUGUCAAAAUAUCGGAAAGCAACAUGAUUGUGGAAUCUUUAGUGACUGAUGAUAAAACUGUCACGAAUAUAAAUGAGUCAAUCCAAUCAUUUUCAGAAGCUACGAUGGAGAUGGUUCAAACUCUUCCUCUAUUAGGAAGACCUUUCUUUGAAGUGAUAAUUGGUCAAGAUAAUCUUGCACCAUUUUAUCAAUUGGAUGUUCCGGAGGAAAUGAAUAGAUUUUUACCCGAGGACAAUGUUCGAGCCUUUUUGGAGCAUGGUGGGAAGAGGUGGAAGAUAGUUUAUUAUGGAAGUCACAAGAAUAAAACAAGGUUUAAUGGAAACUGGAAGACAUUUGCUAUCGACAACAAUCUAAACUUGAAAGAUGUGUGUUUGUUCGAGCUGAUGGAUGAGAGUAGCAGUCGUUGCAUCAUCUUUCGAGUAGAAAUUCAGAAAGGAGCUCUUCCAAUAACUGUGAAACAGGGAAAUGAAGCUGAAAAUUUGGGUAAGAAUGUUAUCAUUAUCGAUUAG